AUGAUACCUGGCGCUGUGGCUGGAGCUGUAUUCAAUGUGUUUGCGGUGACUCGGGUUGAGCUCCUUGCUAAAGAAAUCUUGUUGAUCGCAAUCAUGGUAUCCGUCGCCGCCUCUAUCUUCUCCCUCAUCUUCAUAGAAAAGCCUUGCAGUCCGCCCAGCACGGAGGAAUCAGCCUCCACCAACGCUCCCGCCCUUUCCUCCAUCGUCACGAUGCUCAAGGACUACAACUUCCUCAUCCUUCUCUUCGUCUUCACCUUGGAUGGAUACGGAUGGGGUCUCAUCCUGGUCACUAGCAUCCUCAGCGACAUCGGCUAUGGGCAGACAGGAAGUCUUAUUGCUCAGCUCGGUCUUACCUUCUCUCUUGCUCCUAAGAUGUUCAGCUCCAUUGCGUUUUGCUUCUUCUGGGUCGGAUUCUUCACUUCUGCAGCUGCACCAAUCCUCCUGGAGUUGGUAGCUGAAGUCACCUAUCCCCAGCCAGAAAUCUACUCAGCAGGUGUCUGCCUCACAGUGUUUGGAGUGAGCACCUUCGGAUUCGUCCAGCUCAGUCAGGUGAUGGCCGUCUCCGGCAUGGCUGGAUACAUCAACUUCCUCUGGCUGCAGAACGUGCUGUUCUUCGUCAGCGUCGUCCUGGUCCUCUUCUCCUUCAAGGCAAAUUUGAAGCGCACAAACCGAGCACUGGAUCGUUCGCAAGUGCAGGGCGGCAUCUUGUCCGACCCUGUUGGCGAGGGGUUCGAACAGCCCUUGUCACCCUGA